AUGUCGGCCAAGAGGGCAGAACUGAAGAAAUCAAACCUGAGCAAGAACUACAAGGCAAUGUGCCUGGAACUGAAGCCCGAGCCGACCAAAGUAAGAAGCUCUUUUGAGGCCAUGCCGGCAGCCAGGCCUGAGACCCGUGGGGAGGUGACUUGGAGUCAGGGGUCGUUCGCUGUUCCUGGCGGCCAAGACCUGUCCCAGACAUAUGACUACAAGGGAAUUAAACAAGAAGGGCUGUUUACCAAACCAGGAGGGACACAGGAGCUAAGGACUGAACUCAGGGAGGUGAAGGAAGAGCUCAAGGAAAAAAUGGAUGAGAUCAAACAGAUAAAGGGCAUAAUGGACAAGGAUUUUGAUAAACUCCAGGAAUUCGUGGAGAUUAUGAAGGAAAUGCAGAAGGAUAUGGAUGAGAAGAUGGAUGUUUUAAUAAAUAUGCACAAGAGCAGCAAUCCCCUUAGAAGAGGUCCAAAGGAGCAGCAGGAGUUCACGCUGACGGCAAAGACGGACACAGACCCACAGCUCCGGCUCAAGAAAGUGGAUGGAGCUGAUGGCAUGCCACUCACUCUCCACGAGAAGAUGAUGGCACUUCAGAAACCAAAAAAGGACCCACUGGAUUCCCUUCAUCAAGGCAGGACCUGCUGCGAAAGAUGUUUGUUGUGUGCCCAAAAGAACAACUACAGUCAGGGCAGAAAACUUCCAUGCCAUUCCUGGGCACCCUUUUCAUCCUUGGCAUCUGGAGCUGCUUUCUGAUUUAUCUGUGCUUCAAGCCCUAUGCGGGGGAAGGUGUGCUUCCAACCUAGAGCCACCACAGAGCCCAUCGGCAGCCCCGGCCCUUCCUCUCCACUCC